UAAGAGAUUAGGGUUCAGUACUUUAAUAUACCAUCGCGCAAUCUCAAUUGAUCAGGAUAAUCGAUUCAAUCAAGCAGGCUACAGGGGAGGGGCAAUCAGGUUUGUUUGUUUGAUUUAUUUAUCCAAUUGUGAUUUGAAGUAUGAGACAAUCACUUUCUCUGUGAUCGUUUAAUUAUGCUAAUUCAUUUAAGUGAUCAGGCAGUCUUGAUUAUUUUAUUCGUUUAAUUGCAACUGGGUUUGUAAUCUCCUCGCAAGAAUGGGAAUCCUAGACUUUUCAUCAUCAUGGAACUUAUAAGCCAUGACCAGGUCAUAACCUGUGAGCUCAAAAACCUCCUGGACCAUCAUGUCACAUAGUCGUUCAAUGCUGCCACAAGGCAAAGACUGUAACCUGGCUAUCGGUUUGCCUGCGUAUUUGUAAGACUGUAGAGAACCCGCAGCUGUCGUUGGGGUUUCAUUAGGCAUAACGGGCUCGAAAUCUAUGAUCAAACUACCCGUUACCCGAUGGAUAAUCACAUAAAACGACUUCCCGGAUUUUUUACAGUGGACCAAAAUGGGAUUCAGCAAAGAUACCUCCCCAAAUUUUAUGGCUUUAAACAACGCAUUCGCGCUGGGACCGGACAAUACUGUUCUAACAUCUGUUCCUAUACCGAUAACUGGUUGAAGUAGCAUAGUGAUUAAAUUUGAAUACUGAACACAAGAACUUUUGAUAAUCAGAUAUAUAAAUUACACCAAGAUUAUUACAUAAAUCAAAUCAGAACUAUAUCUUUGAAAGUUGAAACUAAUAUUUGAAGCACCAGUUCUUCCCUUUUGAUUAACAGACUCUGCCACACCGCCAACUCGACACCGUAUCACGGUUCUGCUAAACUACUUGCUGAAACAUUCUAUUUGUUUAUCCAAUUCAAGUCCCAGACACAGCCGCCUUCACGCAUCGCGUACCGCCACUGUCGUUUCUAGUUCCUUCACUGCGUAAUUAUUGAGAGAUAAAAGAAGCUGAACCUGGCAAAAAGAAGGCGGAAGGCACGUGAAAAACAUGAGACUGUUCAGCAGAUGAUAAAGUCAACUGACAGCAAACGAAUCUCCAAAUCAAUCAAGAAAGCCAAUAUAUUGUUCAUGUCUAAGGUCUAGCGGAGCGAGCAACUUUCUUUUGUACAUGCAAGAUUUUCAAAAGUUACGUCACCAUCUGGACAGGGGAAUCAAUUCAAGGAUAAUUUUGCAAAUUCUUCUGCUCAAGAUUUGGAUUUUGCAAUGACAUUGGAUAAGAGCUGGACUAAAAUCACUAAUAAGGUAGAUCCAGUGUUCAUUAAUGGAGCGAUAGCUUUUGCAGAAAGGGGUAAAACAUAUGUUGAUAGUGAAGGUAGGAUACAUUGCCCGUGUAAAAAGUGUGUGAAUGCAAGAAGACAUGUUCCCACAGUCGUUGCUGAUCAUAUCAUCUAUAAUGGUUUUGAACCAUCAUACAAUGUAUGGAUUCAUCAUGGUGAACAUCUUCCGGGUUAUGAAAUAGAUGAUACAGAUAGUGACUAUGAAGAAAGUGAAAACGAAUCACAUGACGGUGUCAAUGAGUUAUUUGAUGAUGUUUUUCCUACGGGCGGCGAAACUGAAGCUGAAAACUUCAUGGACGGUGCCAAUCUACGUAAUAACCCAAAUGUGGAGAAGUUAUUUGUCGAUAUGGAGAAGCCUUUAUACCCCGGGUGUGAUGAGUUUUCUGUACUAGGCUUUUUACUAGAGUUGAUGAACGUGAAGGUAACAUGCAAAAUGACAAAUGUGUCAAUGGAUAUGAUUCUGAAUUUAUUUAGUCGGGCCCUCAAGGAUGCAAACUUGCCGAAGAACCAUUAUGAGGCGAAAAAGUAUUUACGUACUCUUGGACUAGGAUACGAAUCUAUUCAUGCUUGUAAACAUGAUUGUGCAUUAUUUUGGAAAGAAAAUGCAGAAUUACAAAAUUGCCCCGUGUGUGGCACUAGUCGUUAUAAGGAAAAUAGUAAAGGGAAGAAAAAACCGGUAAAAAUUUUGCGUUACUUUCCCAUCACAAGUAGACUUAAGCGCUUAUAUGCCUCAAGACACACUGCUAAGGAAAUGUUGCGGCACGAUAAAUACAGAACCAAAGAGGCGGGGGUUCUUAGACAUCCAGCAGAUGGAAAGGCAUGGAAACACUUUGAUACAAUGUUUCCUGAUUUUGCAAAGGAUCCCAGAAAUGUUCGCUUAGGGCUUGCAAGUGAUGGUUUCAAUCCGUUUGGUGCAAAGAGUCUUUCCUAUAGUAUGUGGCCUGUUGUGCUCAUACCAUACAAUAUGCCUCCUUGGAAGUCUAUGGUCGAUGCUUCAUUUAUGUUGAUAUUCCUGGAAGCGAUUCACCAGGUAAUGAUAUUGAUGUAUUUUUGCGUCCACUAAUAGAUGAGUUGAAACUUCUAUGGGAUAAGGGUGUUGAAACAUAUGAUUGUGAAUCAAAACAGAAAUUCAACAUGCGUGUUGCACUUCUAUGGACAAUUAAUGAUUUUCCUACGUACGGUUAUUUGUCUGGAUGGAGCACGAGUGGAUAUAAAGCAUGUCCAAUAUGCAAUGAAGAUGCGAGCAGUAUACGUUUACGAGAUAGAAUAGGAUAUGUAGGUCAUAGGCGAUUUCUCCUGACCGAUCACUCUUGGAGGAAAGCACGAGAUUUUAAUGGACAGGGAGAGACUAGGCUUGCACCUAAAAUUGUCAACGGAGAUGAUUGCUUACAUCAGUUGAAACAUCUCCCUAUACAUCAGCAUGGAAAACAUCCGGAUCAUGUAGGUAAAAAGAGAAAACGAAACUCACAUGAUAUAAAUUGGUCAAAGAAAAGCAUCUUCUUCCAACUCCCAUAUUGGCCUAAGUUAUUGAUUCGUCACAACAUUGACGUGAUGCAUGUGGAAAAAAAUGUGUUUGAGAAUGUGUUGGGAACCCUAUUAAACAUAAAAGGAAAGACGAAAGACACUGACAAAGCCCGACUAGAUUUGCAAGAUAUGAACAUACGUAAAGAGCUUCACUUGGUUAGAAAGAAUGAUCAUUGGGUUAAACCACAUGCUUUGUAUGUUUUAACUCGAGAUGAGAGAAAACAAUUUUGUAAUUUACUUAGCUCUGUGCGUUUCCCAGAUGGGUAUGCUGGAAAUUUAGCUGAAAAUGUGAUUGCUGAGCAAGGUAAGGUACAUGGGCUAAAAUCACAUGAUUGUCAUGUCUUAAUACAACGCCUAAUUCCUAUUGCAAUCCGUCCCUUUAUGACAAAACAGAUUCGUGAGGCAUUAAUGGAGUUGUCUCAGUUUUUCAAGAAACUUACUCAAGUCACAUUACACGUGAAUGAGUUGGAAGCGUUGCAAGAAGAUGUAGUUAAGAUUUUGUGCAAGCUUGAACGUAUAUUUCCCCCAUCAUUUUUUACAGUUAUGGUGCACUUGUGUGUGCAUCUUCCUAAAGAGGCAAUUUUGGGAGGACCUGUACAAUCGAGGUGGAUGUAUCCAAUCAAAAGAUACCUUGGCCAUUUAAAAAAAUAUGUUAAAAACUUAGCUAAACCCGAAGGCUCGAUAGCAGAAGGUUAUGUUGUUGAAGAAGCUAUAACAUUUUGUUCACACUAUUUACGAGGUGUUGAAUCCAAGUUAGACAAACGUGACAGAAAUGGUGACAAAACCUCUAGUGACGCUCAAAGUUGUGCGUUGGAUGUUUUUAGAUUGAAUGGUCGAGGUAUUGGGAAGAAAGAAGUACAUAUCCUUCCUAGUAAUCUUAUGAAAAAAGCAAUAUGGUUUAUCUUCAACAAUUGUCAAGAGGUUCAGCCGUACUUAGAAGAAGACUUGCGGUUUUUACAAAUGCAACAUCCGGAAUCAUCAAAUUUUUACGAGAUGCAACAGUCUACAUUCUCGACUUGGUUUGCAAAACGGAUUCAAGAGAUGUAUGCGCUAAAUCCAUCUCAAAUUAAUGAAGAGUUAUAUGCAUUGUCUUGCCUUCCUGAUAAUCGAGUAUCAUCACACAGGGGUUAUAUCGUGAACGGGGUAAAAUUUAUAGUUAAGUCAAAUGAUGACGGUAGACAAACACAAAAUUAUGGAGUUAUGGUACCGGGCGUUCAUAAUGAUAUCGAAGAUGACUAUUAUGGAUUUCUUGAUGAAGUCAUUGAAUUGUCAAUUAUAAGAGGUUAUCGUAUUAUAUUAUUCAAAUGCACCUAGUUUGAUACUGAUCGUCGAAGAAAGAACGUGAUAUUUGAACCUCAUUUUAUAAGCAUAGACACGUCUCGACAUGCUUACAAGGAGGAUCCUUUCAUCUGUGCAGACCAGGCUAAACAAGUGUUUUAUAUAAAUGAUCCACUUAAACCAAAUUCACAAUGGAAAAUUAUUGAAAGAAUUACCCACAGACACUUGUGGGAUAUUCCAGAAGACAAGAAUGCAGAAGAUUUGUUAGAAGAUGUCAACCUUCACCGUAAAGAUGUUGAAGAAGAAAUUGUUGAAAACGUUGAUGUUGAUGGCACUAUAGAUGAUUUUAUCAAAGACAAGCUAGAUGAUUCUAUCAUAGCAUGGAAGAUUUUGGUUCAAAGUCAAAUCUGGAUGAUUCAGACGCUGAUAAACCCAAUAAUGAAAUGGAAAAUGAUGAGUCAGACGAUGAUGAUUGGUAAAAGUAGAAGUAUCAAGAAAGGAAUUACAUUGAAGGAAAAAGUAGAAGUAUCAAGAAAGGAAUUAUAGAAGGAUGAAUUUGGAAGAAGCUUAUCUUAGAGGCUUGUGCUACUUGGACUUAUGAAGGUUGUUGAUAUGUUGUAGUAGGUUAAUUUGGAUGCUAAUGAUCUUAUUUUGUACUUUGUUGAACUUUGAACUUGUUUUA